AUGGUCGUUACUCGAGGGCGCCCGAGCUGGUGGAUGGGCUCCUGCAUGGCAGUAUGGGCCGUCAUCAGCGGCCUUACAGCUGUGAGCAAGGAUUACACUGGGCUUCUUCUUACAAGAUUCUUUCUGGGCAUCACCGAAGCUCCAUAUUAUCCCGGCGCUCUGUAUGUGCUAGCGACUUUCUAUACCCGCAAGGAACUAGCAACCAGGAUAUCGAUCCUGUAUACGGGCAAUAUCCUGGCUACUGCUUUUGCUGGCCUCAUUGCACUUGGAAUCUUUCAGAUGCAUGGAAUGGCUGGGAUCUCGGGAUGGCGAUGGCUUUUAAUCAUGCAGGGAGUUGUUACCCUGAUCAUCGCCAUCAUCGCAUUCUUCAUCCUUCCCGACGAGCCCUUGACGACCCGAUGGCUAACUCCAGAGGAGAGAAUACUGGCGAACGAAAGGAUCUUACGAGACACCGUGGGCAAUACCGGACAGACAACUACCUGGAGUGGUCUCAUCGAGGCGGCGAAGGACCCAAGAGUCUGGCUGUUUACGGCUAUGCAGCACUUUCAUCUCGGAGCGAACGGGUUCAAGAACUUCUUUCCCACUGCAGUGGAAACGCUUGGUUUUAGCGAAACAGUCACACUCAUUCUCACAUGCCCGCCGUAUCUGAUUGCCGGCAUCGUUUCCAUCGCCUGGUCAUGGUCAUCUGGGAGAUUCAAUGAGAGAACCUGUACCUACGCCGUCGAUAGUAUCAUUCUUGGCUGGGUGUCAGCAACGUGCUCUCAAACGAAAGAGAAGAAGGCUUCAUCCCUGGCCAUAGUCAAUUGUAUUGCUGUCAGCUCUUUCAUCUGGACUCCUUACAUGUGGCCCAAGUCUGACGAGCCUCGGUACGUCAUGGCGAUGUCAACAAGCGCGGCUUUGAGCGUCGCAACAGCUGCCGGGGCAUGGUCGAUGCGAUUCUGGCUGAAGCACGAGAACAAGAAAAUCCGGCAGUCAGAGGAUGAGAACGUAUUGUUUUACGCCUACUAA